AUGGAAGGCUCACUUGUCCGGAGCGAAUCUCGGGACGCUAAGGAGCUGGUCAAGGAGGCCGAGUCCUUCAAGAAGGUCACCUUUUUCGCCAUCACAGUCUCCACCGUGGCCACUUUAACCGCUAUUAUUGUUGUUCCAAUGCUUUACAAUUACAUGCAACAUAUGCAAUCUUCGUUGGAAGAGGAGCUGGACUUUUGUCUCCACAGAUCUGAUGGUCUCUGGGAGCGUUACCGUACCAUCUUUGGAAACGAAGCCUUCCGUCAAAAGCGUUCUGCUGUCAUCAGACACAAGAAAAGAGGACGCCAUCUUGCUCGAGGCGCUGGCACAUAUGCCGGCGACGAGAGCGGAUAUGGAUCUCCACAUCCAUCAGCUGGCGGAUCUGCUCCAGCUGCCGGAGACUACGCCGGUAACGGAGGUCCCAACGGUGGAGGCCCCGGUGUUGGCGGUGGACCAGGAGGACCCAAUGGAGGAGAAGGACUCUGCUCUUGUGGUGUCGGACCAGCUGGACCAGCGGGACCACCAGGACCAAAUGGAGAAGACGGUAAGACCACAAAACGGAUCCCAAUAUAACAUAUUAUUUUAGGAAAGGAUGGUAUUCCUGGCGAAGACGGAGAAGAUGGAGCCGAUACUCCCGAAGGCCAUCGCCCAACACCAGCUGACUUUUGCUUCGACUGCCCUGCUGGACCGCCAGGACCACCAGGUCCAUCCGGACCAAAGGGACCUAAUGGCCAACCAGGAAACCCUGGAGAGGACGGACCACCAGGUCUUCCUGCCAGCCAAGGACUCCAAGGACCACCUGGCCCACCCGGACCUCCAGGACAACCAGGAGAAAAGGGACCAGCCGGUCAGCCUGGAGAACUUCAUGAAGUACCCGGCCUUCCUGGACCAGCCGGACCUCAAGGAGCCCCAGGAGAGCCCGGACCACCGGGACCUCCAGGUCAACCAGGAACUUCGUCGCCAGGCCCACAAGGGCCACCUGGUGACAAGGGAGCUCCAGGAGAACCAGGAAAAGACGGACUUCCAGGAGAUAAGGGCUCUGAUGGAGAAGCUGGAGCUCAAGGUGGCUGCGACCAUUGUCCCCCUCCACGCACAGCCCCAGGUUAUUAA